AUGACCCAGCUUGUAGAAACUCAGCUAAUUCUAGUCGAUAGAAUUCCACGUAAUAAUGAAAUUAAACGGAUUUUCCUAGUCGAUAGGUAUUAUCCUGAAACUACAGAUCGUUACGGACAAAUUAAACACUGGACAAUCAAUGAAGACGUACCUAUACUUUCCCAAGACUUUAUUGAUAUAUUUAUAUUUUAUCAACACUUCGUGUUAGUUUUAGGUACGUCUUCACGCUACCAUCACUUCAUAACCCAAAUAUUCAAGCAGACUUUUGUGAGCAGCCAUACCAGAAACCUGGUCAUUAUAUUGAAAUACAUAUUGAAUAAUAAUGAAGUCAAGUGUCUAACCCUUCUCAGAAAACGUGCACCUUCACCACUUCCAAUUACUCUACCUGAAUGUGAAACCCACAUAAAAAUCUACGUGGACAUCAGGCAUAAUCUAAGGGAGCUUAACCAAAAAUUCAGGAUAAGUUAG